AGGCGGAAGUGGGCGGGGCAGCCAACCCGAGGAACAGUUGUUGUUGUUGUUGUUGUUGUCGUCGUUGAAAUGUCAAUAACAUUUUCUCAGUGUUGAAAGUUUGGUAAGGAAGCAGCUAAUUGCGGACGUCGACGAAGUCUUCGGACUGUUUGGAAGAACGAUAGCGUGCAGCUGAUUGAUUGUCAGGAAGUGGAGGAGGUUGAAGCCUUCAACUGACUGGUGUCUCUAUGAAGAGUGAAGACGAACCACCUGAGUGGUCACAGCUUCAUCAUCACAGGCCAAGUGAAGACCACUGAGCAGGACCACCACCAGACGACCUCUCAGCUCCUCUGUCAGACAGCGACGACAUGGAAGAACCUUUGAGGAGCAAUAAAGACUGAAGACGUCCAGGAGCGAAAACAUCUCCUUCAGGUGCAGCGGGAGAGGUCCAGGUUGGACCCGGACGGUCCACAGCCCCCCCAUGUUAAAGACGAAGAGGACACGACAAAGCCACACCACAUUGAAAGGGAAGAGGAGGAUCUAGAACACCCCCACAUGAAAGAGGAAGCUGAGGAGUUCGAUGUCAGCAAGUUCCCACUGACUGGCGUCUCAACGAAAAGGGAAGAUGACGAAUACAAACCACACGAGUGGUCACAGCUUCAUCAUCGGAGUCCAAGUGGAGGACCACCACCAGGUGACCUCUUGGCUCCACUGUCAGACACCGACGAGGUGGAAGAACCUUUGAGGAGUGAUCAAGACAACAAAGAGUUGAAAUGCUCUGAAAUGGAGACCAUUUGUAACAAGAAAGCUUCUCAAACACACAGGAGACGUCACUCAUGUAAAGAACAUUCCAGCUGCUCCAUUUGUGGUAAAACGUUUGCUCGAAAGUCAAACAUGAUAGCACACAUGAAAAUACACGCAAAAGAAAAACACUUUAGUUGCUCCGUUUGCAGUAAGACCUUCAUCGGAAAGUCAGAUGUGGAUAGACACAUGAGCACACACACACAACAAAAACCCUUCCAUUGCUCUGUUUGCAGUAAAGCAUUCACUCUAAAACACAACAUGAUAAAACAUAUGAGAACACACACAGGAGAAAAACCUCAUGUUUGCUCAUUGUGUCAUAAAAUAUUCGCUAGAAAGGCGCAUCUAGAAUCACAUAUGAGGACGCACACAGGGGAGAAACCCUUCCGUUGCUCUCUUUGCGGUGAAGCAUUUCCCGUAAAACACAACAUGGUAAAACACAUGCGAAUACACACAGGAGAAAAACCCUUUAGUUGCUUUAUCUGCGGUAAUGCAUUCACUUUGAAACACAACAUGGUAGAACACAUGAGAACACACACAGGAGAAAAACCUUAUAUUUGCUCAUUGUGUAAGAAAACUUUCUCGAGAAAGGCACAUCUGGAAUCACACACGAGGACGCACACAGGAGAAAAACCCUUUCGUUGCUCUGUUUGUGGUAAAGCAUUCACUGUAAAAGACAGCGUGGUAAAACACAUGAGGACACACACGGGAGAAAAACCUUUUGUUUGCUCGGUUUGUUGGAAAACAUUCUCUCAAAAGACCUACGUGAAAGCACACAUGAGAACACACACACACGAGGAAAAACCUUAAGUUUGCUCGGUGUGUAAUAAAAGAGUCUCUGGAAAGAACCAUACGAAUCCACACGAGAUUAUGCACAGGACAAAACCCAUUUCAGUUGCUCAGUGUGCAGCAAAACCUUUGUUUCGGCAAAACCUGAGCGCACAUAUGGAAAAACACACAGAGGUAUAAUCUUUUGGUUGCUCAAUGUGUACUAACACUUUCUACCAAAGGUCACAUCAGGAAUUACACGUGAUAACACACACAGGAGAAACACCCUCGAGUUUAGUUUGUGGUGGAAGCUAUGCUCAACAAACAAGUUUGGCUAAAUGUUUUGCGGUCGUCCCCUACAUUAAUUCAUCAUCUGAAGCAGACCGCGUAUUGUUUUUGUUGAAUUUGUAUUCUCCUGAAAGAGCUUUAAAUGCUUUAUUUUGUACGGAGCCUGGGGGGGGGGGAAUUAAAGGUUGAGGGGAAAAAAUGUUUACUUCUGCAAGAUUCAUUCAUGCUAUUGUUCUUCGUGUUAUUGUUCUUCUGGGUAAACACCUAUUUGCAAUAGUGGAUUCUACUGGAAUCCGCACUUUGGGCCUCACGCACAAACAGUGUGGACGGGAAGAUUGAUUGGUUGCUGGAGUCCCAUAAACCUUUUGUUUGUUUGUUUGGUUUUUUCCCUCGCUCCCCCUCAGCAACACCUCUCUUUGGCAACAUGACGUUAAACAUUAGACCAGACGAGCCCCACAUAGAGGCGACAAUAGGUGAUCACGAUAAUGGGGUUUAUUAUUCACAGUGUUGCCACAGUGACCUUGUAACAUAGUAAAUUUACUGCAGUUACUUUAUUAGUUAGCAGUCAGCUAACAACUGCAUAAGGCACAUUAACCAGGAUACAUACAUGUUAUCAGACUCAAAGGUGGACAAAAUAACACAAUGUCAGCCCUCCUAGCCAUUAUUUCAACUUAGUAAGUCAUGACUUAUUUUAUUCAAAUCACCAUUCAUGAUACAAUAUAGGCAUUAUUGGGUGUUAACAGCCUGGCAAAACAUAAAGUAUGAUAAAAUGAGAGAUUUUUCAUCUUCUUCUGUGUGAUUGGUGGAGAAAAUAACCUGAGCGGUCAGUUGGUGAUGAGCAAGGAUGCCGAUUGGCUGUUAGGGAGGUGUUCCGUCCCAGUGUUUUGUGUGUAUGCACUCGAAUAGAAUAGAGCUUUUGUGUACACAAGCCACAUAGAUACACAUGGGUUAUUGAUGUCAUAUAACCAGCGCUCUCAUUCAGUGCAAUUUAUGCAAGUUUCAACUUUUGAUGUGCAGGUUUUAUUCUAUUAUCCACAGCAAUAGCAUUUUUUUUAAAUAAAUAGGCAAUGUACUGGUAAACUAAAGAAAAGGUAUAUAAUUUUCUGUUAUUUAUUUUUGUCGUAAAAGUUAACAUACUUUUGUUUGUUUUACUAUUGAUAUUUUAUUCAUUUUCUUUUAUUUACUUGUACAUCAAACAAUACUGAAGUAGAUGGCUACUUUAGUAUUUGUUUA